GAAGGUUCUACCAAAAUAUCAACUGCCUACCAUGUUCAGUUUUUUGGAACAGGCACAGAGCGAAGUUGGGUCAAUGAAUCCUCGGUCAUGGAGUUUCGAGGGAGAGAGCAAUUCAUUGACAUUGUCCAGUAUGGCCUUGAAGACCCUUUCACAUAUUGCAGGCCAGUGGGAGAUUUCAAGAUAAGCAAUACUUGGCUUCCAUCUUGGAACAUGGCAGUGGCAGAGGCCGAAAGGGCGGCAGCAUUAUCGUCUGUUGCCAGG